UUCAACAAUCGAAGUGAAAAAUUUUGUCUACACUAUAUUUGGCCUUAUUCAAAAAUUAGAGAAAUUAUCGUUUGAAAAGUUUGUGAGGCGAGAGCAUAUAAAUAAAAUUUCAUAAAACGGUACGGAACAAACACAAGUGCUUUUUUUGGGAUCUGGCAGCGUGGUUAAUUGCUUCAAGCGUUUUUCAACACAUUGACUGAAAUCAGCUGUUUGCGAAAUGUCGCAGUUGAAGGUUUUGAGUCGUUUCUUUCUUUCGAAGAGCCGCUUUGCAACACAAUUCUGGCUGCAGCAGCAACAAAAAAUUCAGUUUAGCUAUGGGCGCCAAAUGUUGCAACAGCGGCGUAAACAGGAGUCGUCAGAAAUAACAAAUGUGCAAAAAUCAAACGCCGGUGCUGGUUCUUCGGUUUCCAAUGAUGUGCGACCACUUGGUGAAAAGAUUAAGGAAAAUACCAAAACGAUGAGUUACACUGCAAUAAUAGUCGCAGGCAUCGGUGUUACCGCUAUUAUGUUUUACGCUAUAUGUCGAGAGCUGUUUUCCAGCGAUAGUGCUAAUAACAUAUAUUCGGAUGCACUAAAUAAGGCGAUAGAGGAUCCACGAGUGCAAGAUGCGCUUGGUGCUCCAAUUAAAGGUUUCGGUGAAAAGUCGCGGAGGGGCCGGCGUCAACAUGUUGCUCACACCACGUACGAACGCAACGGUAAGCCACAUAUGCGAAUGAAAUUCUACAUACAAGGCAUUAGAAAUAAAGCAACGGUACAUUUGGAGUCGCGGCUGGGUACUUUUGGGAAAAUAGAAUAUCGUUACAUUUUCGUGCAAUUGGAUUACUAUCCACAUACUACAAUUAUUUUAGAAGAUAAUCGUGCCUUCGAUUCACAAGCAGCUCAAACCCAACCCGCUUUAAAUUAUUCUGAAAUGGAACUCGCUUCCUAUGAUAAAAAAUAAAAAGCGAAGCUUUUUGUGAUUGAACUAUUUAGAAGUGAAAAAUAUAAAGUUGAGGAGAGCUUAAUAUAUUUUAGUUGUUGAUACUUUGAAUUAAUUCGUUUUACUAAAUUUUGUUUUGUUAUAACUCUCAACAAAGUUGAGUGCUUAAAUUUUAUGUAUGAAAUUUUAAUACAUCACCGUUUUUC